AUGUUCUUCUCUGAAAACUACAUCACCACCACCACCAUGAAUCCCCACCACCACCAAGAUGAUGAAUUUCACUAUGAGCCACCGCCAAUACUGCCGCCGCCGCCGCCGCCGUCAUCAUCGUCAAAAGGGUUCCUCGAAGAAUUCCACAACCUUGAUGAAGAGGAAGACCAAGACCAGGUGUUUAGAGUAGUCCACAACGGUUGCAACUUCGAUUCCUCUGGUUUUGAUGCUUUCCCUUACGGUUCCUCUUCAUCAAACAUGGAUUUUUAUGAGUAUGAGUGCAAGCCCUUUGUUGAUCAUCAUAUCAAUAGUGACACUAAUUUCCAUAACCCUGGUGUCACAAUCCCUCAUCGAAAUAAUUAUAAUCAUCAUGUGACAAUUGCUGAGAUGAUGGGAUCGUCAUCGUCAUCAUCAUGUAAUAAUAACAACAAUCAGAUGGUGAAUUUGGGUGGAGCACAAGAGAUGAAGCCUUUGUUUUCAAUCCCCCACGAACUCUCGUCGUCGUCUUGUCUUAAUCUCGACAAUGGUGGAACUUAUCAUCAUCAUCAGAACCAGAUUGCGGACUACGGAUACAAGAGCAGAAUGAGUAGAAGCAAUGCUGUCACUACCCAUUUGACGAAUCGGGUUAGCAAUCGAGCUUUGGGACUGCCUCCGACUGCUAAGAAGACAUGGAAAGGCAGGAAGAAGAACAACGUUGUCAAGGGUCAAUGGACCGUCGAUGAAGACAGGUUGUUAGUUCAGCUAGUGGAACAAUUUGGGAUCAGAAAAUGGUCACACAUUGCUCAAAUGCUUCCUGGGAGAAUCGGGAAACAGUGUCGAGAGAGAUGGCACAAUCAUCUCCGGCCCGAUAUCAAGAAAGAUACGUGGACCGAAGAGGAGGACAGAGUUUUGAUACAAUCGCACGGGGAGAUCGGCAACAAGUGGGCGGAGAUCGCGAAGAGGCUCCCCGGGAGAACAGAGAACUCGAUCAAGAACCACUGGAACGCGACCAAGAGAAGGCAGUACUCGAAGCGAAAAUGUCGCUCCAAGUACCCGCGCGGAUCGAUUCUGCAGGACUACAUCAAGAGCUUGAAUUUGGACAAUUCGAGUAACCUUCACGGCAGGAGAUCAACGUCCAAGAAGAAGAACAACAACAAUCAUCAGGAGAAUGGCCCUUGUGGCAAUAAUAAUCAACAGCAGCAGCAGCAGGAGGAAAGCAGCUUGGAUGAGGACUUGUAUGAAAAUGACAGAUUGGUACCCAAUUUCGACUUCGGUAACGAAGAGGUCCCUGAUUUUGGAUUCGAUGACAAGAUUUUCCAGGACGGGUGCAACAUCGAUUCGCUGCUCGACGGGCUGCCUCCCUGCGCGCCGCUGUUGUCGGUCGACGGGAAGAGGUUCGACGACGAGCCGGAAGUGACGGCGGAGGAGGAUGCAGCAGCGGCGCCGGCGGCGCUGGACUUUGAGGUGAAGAAGGAGCUCGACUUGGUAGAGAUGAUGCUGGUGGCGCAGAAGAAAGGAUUCUGA